AUGUCGGGCUCCUGCAUUUCGCUUGCUGGUUCCACGACCUGUCCUGCUUUUAAUGCUUCUUCGAUUUCCACCGAUCCCAGUCUUGUUGCGCAAUUUCCCUUUCUCGCCUAUGUUUCAAACGUCCACGAGUUCGACCAGCAAUUGAGCAACUACGUCAAAUCCGACUAUGUCAAGGAGAAAUAUCAGCAGCUGUUAGGAUGUUCGAAAGUCAAUCUUACCGACACGAGAGACUACUAUGCUCGGUAUACGACCAGCGUAAUUUGCAAUGGCAUUGUGCAGAACUCCAAAACCCCGUGCGGUCUCUCGAAUGAGCAGUCAAUGCCUCUCUGUGCCGAUACUUGCGCUCUCUUUGCGACUAGUGAGGAGGAGAUUACGGUGGACUCCCAGCUCUGUGGCACGCCCCAGUCCAACUACGUGAGCCAAAUUCGCGCCGAUUUUACCAACUGCGCGUUGCCUGCAGAUUCGCUCUCGGGAUCCUGUAUUCCGGGGGACCAAAAUGAGCCUGAUGAGUGUGGUUAUGGCACGAAUCUCUUGGGUCUCUGCAGUUAUUGCGCAGCCAGUUCUCCCAAUGCAACCGAUUCGUGCUGUAUAAAUUCAAAUGCCACGGGUCGUUGCGCAAACGUUCACCUUCCGUCGCCAACCACGCUGCCGGCAUUGUUUACAUCUACUUCCUUACCAACAGCGACUUCCAACUCCACCAAUUCGAACCACCAUCUUUCUGGGGGUCAAAUUGCCGGCAUUGCAAUAGGUUCCGUGGCUGGGUUUGCGUUGGUGGUGGCUUUGUUGGCCCUCCUUUUCGUCUGUCUACGCAGACGCAACGCAGCGAAGGGAAGCAACGUCUUAAAUCAGCCGAACCCGCACCGAACAGGCCCGGCCCCAAUGCAAUAUGCUCCUGCACCCACCAGUCAGAAGAGUUUCGAGCCGGUUCCAGGAGGACGAGUGGCCCGAAUGUCGGCUUUACAGGCUGAAUCGGACGGCUCGACUCGCACUCACACCGCUACCACCAGAGGUGGUACGACCAAGUACAGUGACGUCUCUGACUCGGAGGGACUGGGGGCGAGCCCUGGAGGUCUGUCUCGGCGUGGUCCCCCUACUGCUGGGAGGCGUCACGGUUCGCUCUCCAGCACUUCGGUGUUGGCCAUGGAGGGCGAGAAUUCUCCCCAUUCCGGCACGGUUGGGCAGGUCUCCUCUCCCGACGGCGUUACCAGCGGGCAGUCGGAACAGCUUGCUUACUUCCGAGACUACUACUCGCAGGAUGAUAUUCAUCCAGGUGACGCAGUCUCAGUGUUGUGGGCUUAUCAGCCUCGCGCGGCGGACGAGUUCGAAUUAGAAAGAGGAGAUAUGUUGAAGGUUGUUGGCAUCUGGGACGAUGGCUGGGCAACCGGCGUUCGUCUCAAUGAGAGGGCAGAGGAUUUUGAUGCGAAGCACAAUCCCCAACGGGAUAGUGGCGUUUCCAACGGAUCAGAGAAACGAGGCUCAUCGCCCCCGCCUCGAGCAGAGAUCAAGGCGUUCCCGGUCAGUACAUCUGCUGAUUUCCCCUCUUCCUUACAGCUAACUAACGGUUCCUGCAGCUUGUUUGUGUGUGUCUCCCGCAACAUUGGAGAAAGAUCAUUGAAGGGGAUGCGGCAGCUGAGGCUGGUUCACCGCCAUCCUAAUGCACUUCUGAUCUGA